AAGGGGGAUCGUGGGGUCGGCGGCGGAGAGAGGGGAAUGCAGAUCACGAAGGGGCAGGGGGAGCGCGGAAGCUCGCGCGGCGAGGCGUCCGGUGGGCCGGGGCUCUGAGGAGGCCGCCGGACUGGAAGGGGGCAGCGGGCCGGGGAGGGGCGCAGGAAGAGCCCGGGGAGGUAGAGCGAGGGGAGUUCCGGGGCUGGAGCGGGAGAAGCAGGCAGCGGAGAGGGCGGCAGCUGGAGCGGCAGGGGUGGGGGAGAGGGAGAGGAGGUGGAGGAGGUGGAGGAGGAGGAGGAGGAGAGCCGGAGGGGGAAGGAGGGAGGGGAGAGCCGUGGCGGCGGCUGCGCCGGGCUGUGUGUCUCUCGCCGCCGGAGGAAGAUGAGGCUGAAGAUUGGGUUCAUCUUACGCAGUUUGCUGGUGGUGGGAAGCUUCCUGGGGCUCGUGGUCCUCUGGUCUUCCCUCUCCGCACGGCAGGACGACCCGAGCCCGCUGAGCAGGAUGAGGGAAGACAGAGAUGUCAAUAACCCCAUACCUAACCGAGGAGGCAAUGGACUAGCUCCUGGGGAUGACAGAUUCAAACCUGUGGUGCCAUGGCCUCAUGUGGAAGGAGUAGAAGUGGACUUAGAGUCUAUUAGAAGAAAAAACAAGGCCAAAAAUGAACAGGAGCACCAUGCUGGAGGAGAUUCCCAAAAAGACAUAAUGCAGAGGCAGUAUCUCACAUUUAAGCCACAGACAUUCACCUACCGUGAUCCUGUGCUACGCCCAGGGAUCCUCGGUAACUUUGAACCUAAAGAACCUGAGCCUCAAGGAGUGGUUGGUGGCCCUGGAGAAGAAGCCAAGCCAUUGGUUUUGGGACCAGAAUUCAAACAUGCAGUUCAAGCCAGCAUUAAAGAAUUUGGAUUUAACAUGGUGGCAAGUGACAUGAUCUCACUGGACCGCAGCGUCAAUGACUUACGUCAAGAAGAAUGCAAGUAUUGGCAUUAUGAUGAAAAUCUGCUCACUUCGAGUGUUGUCAUUGUCUUCCACAAUGAAGGAUGGUCAACCCUCAUGAGAACAGUCCACAGUGUAAUCAAAAGAACUCCGAGGAAAUAUUUAGCAGAAAUUGUGUUAAUUGAUGAUUUCAGUAAUAAAGAACACUUAAAAGAGAAACUGGAUGAAUAUAUUAAGCUGUGGAAUGGCCUGGUAAAGGUAUUUCGAAACGAGAGAAGAGAAGGUUUAAUUCAAGCACGAAGUAUUGGUGCUCAAAAGGCUAAACUUGGACAGGUUUUGAUAUACCUUGAUGCCCACUGUGAAGUGGCAGUUAACUGGUAUGCACCACUUGUAGCUCCCAUAUCUAAGGACAGAACUACAUGUACUGUGCCUCUAAUAGAUUACAUAGAUGGGAAUGAUUAUUCCAUUGAACCACAGCAAGGUGGGGAUGAAGAUGGUUUUGCCAGAGGGGCCUGGGAUUGGAGUUUACUAUGGAAACGUAUUCCUCUAAGCCUCAAGGAAAAAGCCAAAAGAAAACAUAAAACUGAACCUUAUCGGUCCCCAGCCAUGGCUGGUGGAUUAUUUGCCAUUGAGCGAGAGUUCUUCUUUGAACUGGGUCUAUAUGAUCCAGGUCUCCAGAUUUGGGGUGGGGAAAACUUUGAGAUUUCCUACAAGAUAUGGCAGUGUGGUGGGAAAUUAUUAUUUGUUCCUUGUUCUCGUGUUGGACAUAUAUACCGUCUUGAGGGCUGGCAAGGAAAUCCUCCACCCCUGUACGUUGGGUCUUCUCCAACUCUAAAGAAUUAUGUUAGAGUUGUAGAGGUUUGGUGGGAUGAAUAUAAAGACUACUUCUAUGCUAGUCGUCCUGAAUCAAAGGCAUUACUCUAUGGUGAUAUAUCUGAGCUGAAAAAAUUCCGAGAAGAUCAUAACUGUAAAAGUUUCAAGUGGUUCAUGGAUGAAAUAGCUUAUGAUAUCACCUCACACUACCCUCUGCCCCCGAAGAAUGUUGACUGGGGAGAAAUCAGAGGUUUUGAAACUGCUUACUGCAUUGACAGCAUGGGAAAAACAAAUGGAGGCUUUGUUGAACUGGGACCUUGCCACAGGAUGGGAGGGAAUCAGCUUUUCCGAAUCAAUGAAGCAAAUCAGCUCAUGCAAUAUGAUCAGUGUUUGACAAAAGGGCCUGACGGAUCAAAAGUCAUGAUUACGCACUGUAAUCUAAAUGAAUUUAAGGAAUGGCAAUACUUUAAGAACCUGCACAGAUUUACUCACAUUCCUUCAGGGAAGUGCUUAGAUCGCUCAGAGGUCCUACAUCAAGUGUUCAUCUCCAAUUGCGACUCCGGUAAAAUGACUCAAAAGUGGGAAAUGAAUAACAUCCACAGUGUUUAGAAAGAAACCAAUAAUCUACCUACUGACCAGUAAAUUUAUACAGGACUGAAAACCGCCUGAAACCUGCUGCAACAAUUAUUAUUAACUCUGUACAGCUCCCAACCUGGAACCUCCUGAUCAGUUUGAAGGACAUUGAUAAACUGUGAUUUUACAAUAACAUUAUCAUAUGCAGUUACUGUUUACAAAACUGCUUUUACCUUAAACUUUGUAGAUGUUUACAUCUUUUUUGUUUUGUUUAAAGAUGAUGUUGGUAAUUUGUGCCUUUAACUCUGUUUUGUUAGAACAGAAUUAAAAGCAUGUUGUCUUCUUUGGGAUUACACUCAGGGGUCUGAAAGGCAGUUUGAUUUUUUUUUUAACACACUUGAAAAAAGGUUGGAGCAACCAGACUUUAAUAUAUAUCUUGGUGAUGAUCAACCUGUUGUGUCUUUAUUUAACUUUACAUCUUUUUGAAGCACUGCCACAGGUUAUUAGCCAAGGUGGCCUUCCUUCACAGUCAUGCUGCUUUUUUGAAAGGUGAAUUUCAACAACACAUUUAGUGCCUCUUUCAUUUCUUGGUAUAUUUUUCAAGAGCUUUUGAUGAAAUUUUUAGGCUGAUAAUGAUGAAAUGAAUUGUCACCUGUGUGGGAAGUACUUAUAGCACUCAGAAAUGAAUUUAUGUGCUGCCAUUUGGUAUGAAAUUGAGUAUUGUAUAACUUGAACAAAAAAUGACAAUAUGGAACAUCUCAAGGCUAUUGCAUAGGGUUUGAAGAUUGUGUGGCAUUAACUCCCUUACCUACUGGUGUUCUCAAUCCCAUCUGCCAUACUAGCUCUUAGAAUAGCAAGAGUCUUCCAGCUAGAGAAAAAAAUUGUCCACGUACAUUUGGAAUUUACUUUUCCCUCGUACCUGUCACUCUUAAAAAAAAAACAAAACCUAUAAAUAAUUCUGUAUUGAAACUUCAAAGGGAGGCUAAUAAAAGCAACACAACACCACUGUAAACACAUCAAAGAUUUGUCCUAAGAAUUUCCAAGCCCUUGUUAAAUUAAGCCUUACAAAACUCUUGUGCAUUGCAGCGUAAGAUGUGCAACCUAUGAAAGAGUGAACUGCUGUGUCAUUUUAUUAUCUUCAUCCAAAUGCAAUUCCAUGCACAUUACUUAAAGUUAAAAAGUUGACUAUUUAAUAAUAUAGCUCAUUAACAAAUGUGAACUAUUUUGUUAGAUUGAAUAUUAGUUCUCUAGUUUUUCUUAAUUUCUUUUUAGCAAACAUAUUCUUAGUAGUAUUUUUCCAAUGAAAAUAUUUGUUUGCAUUCAAACAUUUAGAUACAGUACCUACUAUAGGAGAACCAAAUAUUACAAAUGGUCAAUUUGAUUUUAAUUUCUUUUAUUAGGCCAAAUAUUGAAAUGCCUAAGUUGAGUGCUUAAAAAAUGUAAUGAGGUAGGGAAUGGUAAUUAAGCAUCUUUAUCUUGUAAUCAUGGUGUCAUUACAAUGAAAACUCACAAACUACUGCCAGAGGAAAAUGUUUUUAUUAAUGCUUAAAAAAGAAAAGGCAAAACCUACAUUUGUUUGAAAGAAAAGCCUUCAAUUUCUUUCUUCCAAACUUAGUUCUUAAAUUUGGAGAGUAAAAAUUAAACAUCCUCAGCAGUUUUAUUUAUAAUUUUGAAUUGUCAAUUUGUAUUUUGCUACUAAUCUGUGAUCAUCCAUUUUAACGUUCACUCAUCUUUAGGGAUAUUUAAAAAGAAAUACAUUUAUAUGCUUAUAUAAUUUCAAAAUAAAUCAGCUGUAAAAAAAAGAAACAAUUGGUACUUUAAUUACUUGUGUGUUUUGCAGAUAGGUACCAUUUUCCAUGUUGAAUGGAUUAUAACCUUGUUAUCUAUGCAUAGGCCUAAGAAAGGUGGCACAUGAACUGUGCAUGUAGUUUUAUGGGUAAAUUAUGUGGGUUUUUUGUGUGUGCAGUUCGUUAAAAGAAGAUAUUCUGUGAACAUGAUUCUAUAUAUUGAAAUCAGAAACCUUACCAAACAUGAAAAACAUCAGAAGCUGCUGCCAUAAUGACUAUUUUCUACUGUAGGCUGCUUUGGAAAUAAUUCCCAUAUCCUUGCUUUGUAAGUUGAUAAUAUCACUAUGCAUUUCUACACAUUUUAUAAAUUUGAUUUAUGCAGAUUUUGAUACACUGUAUGUUUCUGUAGAAAUUGUAUAAAUAUUCAAAAUUUUAUUAGGGUAAAUUUGAGAAGCUUAUGUAUAUCUUAAUUCUGGGUUGCUUGUUUUUUAGGUGAGAAAAAAUAAAAUAUUGUAUUUUAA